AUGCCCAUAGUCGAUAAGCUGAAGGAAGCGCUGAAGCCUGGCCGCAAGGACUCGGCAGACGAUGGGGAGUUGGGGAAGCUGCUAGCCUCCUCUGCCAAGAAGGUCCUGCUACAGAAGGUCGAGUUUGAGCCUGCCAGCAAGAGCUUCUCCUACCAGCUGGAGUCGCUAAAGAGCAAAUAUGUGUUGCUGAACCCCAAAACAGAGGGAGCCAGUCGCCACAAGAGCGGUGACGAAGCCCAGAUCCGGAGGCAGGGCGGCCAGCACACACACGAGAGCUGCCUCGAUGGUGUCCCAGCCCCACAGAAAGUUCUCUUCCCCACCGAGCGGCUGUCCCUGAGGUGGGAGCGUGUGUACCGCGUGGGGGCGGGACUGCACAACCUUGGCAACACCUGCUUCCUGAACUCCACCAUCCAGUGUCUGACCUACACGCCUCCGCUCGCCAACUACCUGCUGUCCAAGGAGCAUGCACGCAACUGUCACCAGGGCAGCUUCUGCAUGCUGUGCGUCAUGCAGAACCACAUUGUGCAGGCUUUCGCCAACAGUGGCAAUGCCAUCAAGCCGGUCUCCUUCAUCCGUGACCUGAAAAAAAUUGCCCGGCAUUUCCGCUUUGGGAACCAAGAGGAUGCUCACGAGUUUCUCCGGUACACCAUCGACGCCAUGCAGAAGGCCUGCUUGAACGGCUAUGCCAAGUUGGAUCGACAGACGCAGGCCACUACUUUGGUCCAUCAGAUCUUUGGAGGCUACCUCCGAUCCCGUGUGAGGUGCUCCAUGUGUAAGAGCGUGUCAGACACCUACGACCCCUACCUGGACGUCGCGUUGGAGAUCCGGCAAGCAGCAAAUAUUGUACGAGCUCUGGAACUGUUUGUGAAGCCAGACGUCCUGAGUGGAGAGAAUGCCUACAUGUGUGCUAAGUGUAAGAAGAAGGUUCCAGCCAGCAAGCGCUUCUCCAUCCACAGAGCAUCCAGCGUCCUGACCCUUUCCCUCAAGCGCUUUGCCAACUUCAGUGGGGGCAAGAUUACCAAGGAUGUCGGCUACCCGGAGUUCCUCAAUAUCCGCCCAUACAUGUCUCAGAGCAAUGGUGAGCCAGUCACGUACGGACUCUACGCUGUCCUGGUCCACUCGGGCUACAGCUGCCACGCUGGGCACUACUACUGUUAUGUGAAGGCAAGCAAUGGACAGUGGUACCAGAUGAACGACUCCCUGGUUCAUUCCAGCAACAUCAAGGUGGUUCUGAACCAGCAGGCCUACGUGCUCUUCUACCUGAGGCUUCCCAGCUCCAAGAAGAUCCCUGAGGGCUCCAUCUCCCGGGCCACGCCCCUCCCCAGCCGCCCAAGCGCAGGUCCAGACCACCUCAAGAAGAACAUUAGCAACGGGCUGGCUUCCUCCCCACUGACUGGAAAGCGACAGGACCCUGUGGCCCUGAAGAAGCUGCAUAGCACAGAGGAGCUUGGCGUGCCCGUCUCCCGGAAUGGCUUCGUGGCCGGCCUGAAGCCCCAGCACGGGAACACUCCUUCGAAGCCGCCCUUGGGGUCCCCGUCCUCCAGACUCUCCAAAACCCCAGUACAUGUGUCGAGCAUUCUGGAUGAGCCUGGAAAGAAGGCCAAGAAAUGCACUCCCUUGCAGCACUUCUCCCUGUGCCCCAAAACUCAGGGCCCACACGGCACCAGCGACACGAGCAGCAGCAGGUCGGAGAACCGGAGGUCGGGCUCUGGGGACAGCAGGGACGCCGUCCUCUCUACCUCACCGAAGCUCCUAGCCCAAGUGACUGCCAACGGACAUGGGCCAAAGGGGCCAAAGGGGCGCAGCCAGAGCCCCGACCUCUCGCGACAGGGUUCCAGCAGCUCCAGCCCAGACCGCUCUGCCGGGAGCGAUGGUGCCAAGCGCCCCCAGACCCCCACGAAUGGAGCCACCCGUUUCUGUGACACUCAGGAGACAGAUUGUUCUGCCAGUAGCCACCCCAAAGUGUUGCCUGACGGAGACGACCCGAAGGUGGUGAAGCUGAUGCCCCCCAUCUUGAGCAACACUGCCACUGAGCCCACAAGCAUCAUGUCUCCUCCACCAGCCAAAAAACUGGCCCUGUCUGCUGCCAAGAAGGCCCACACCCUGCGGAGGGCGACCGGCACUGACCUCCGUCCACCUCCCCACCCACCGUCCUCCGACCUCACCCGCCCCCUGAAAGCCACUCACUCUGUCUGCGCCGCCACUGGGCCUGCCAGUCAGUCCAGGGCUGUCACGCCCGCUCCCGCAUCGUCCAGCCAUCCAGGGCCUCCCUUCAGUCCCCGCUCCAUGUGUCCUUCAUUGCCUGCUAGCGCCCGGCCCCUCGGGAGGGCGGAACCACAGCACUGGCCCUCAGCUCCUGCUCCCCAGCCUCAGGUGAACGGGGCGUCUGCGUCCCCUCCACACCAGCUGCAGGAGGCCAGCAAGGCCCCCGGGGGCAUCUCCAAAAAGAGGAAGAGACCCCAUGCGGGAGAGGUGGGGGAACGAAGCUCAGAGACGAGUGCCUCACAGCAAGGUGGGGGUGCAGCUGCCGGUCCUCGCAUGAGGAAGAAGAGGAGGAAGAGGAAGCGUGCAGAGGAUGGCGUAUCCCCUCUGCGGGGAGAGCCAGUGCAGGGACAGGAACAAAGCCACGUCGCGAAGCGGUGCCGUGUCGAUCUGCCCACGGACAGAUUAGAGGAGGGUAGAGGGCAGCAGGUGGCGAACAGGCGGCAGGUGGGACACGUGACCAAUGCCCACCAUAUUGGCAGCAAGAAGAGGAGGAAGAGAGUGGAGGGCUCCUGUGGAGAGGAGGGCCACCCCCGAGACCCAGCCUUGCACAGCGGCUGCUCCCCAGCAGAGGACGCUCAGCCUGAGGCUGCUGCAGGGUCUCCGAGGAAGAGGAAGAAGAAGAAGAGGAAGCAUGAGUCACAGCAGGAAGUGGAUGAGAGCCAGCCUCAGAAAGGCCAGAGGAACAACAGGCAGAGGGACUCUCCCGUCCCUGAGCUGAGCUAUCACUUGCUGUCGGUGAACGGGCAGACGCACGUCCCUCGUGGAUCCUCGAGUACAGAGAGAGAGUCCAACGUGGUUCAGGAGUUGCUCAGAUACUCCUCCGAUAAAGCCUAUGGGAAAAAAGUUUUGACCUGGGACGGCGAGAUGUCUGCUGUUAGUCGGGAUGCUAUUGAAGACAGCAGGCUAGCCCGGACCGAAACAGUGAUUGACGACUGGGAUGAGGAUUUUGAUCGAGGGAAGGAAAAGAAAAUUAAAAAAUUGAAGAGAGAAAAGAGGAGGAACUUCAACGCCUUCCAGAAACUUCAGAGUAGACGGAACUUUUGGUCUGUGACUCACCCAGCGAAGGUCACCAGCCUCAGCUCUCGCCGCUGA